AUGACGACUCCAAAAUUGUUAUACACUAUAGAACAGCCUCAUGGCAUGGGAGAGUUGUACUUCUUGUGGCAGAAGGGAGAGUCCCAUUCUCUGCUGGCCACAACUGGAACAGAUGCUACAGUGGCUGUGCAUGAUAGAAGUGGACAGUUGUUAGAAAGGAUGAAGUUACAGGGCCUUUGUGGUGGAAUGGAAUGGGACCAAGAUGGUGAUUAUUUAGCGAUUAUAACUCCUAAUAGUAAUACAGUGUUGUUGUGGGAGUGUCAUGCUAAUAAAAGGAUUAAUAUUGAAACUGGACUGCGGGAACCUCCGUCAUGCAUUGCAUGGGCUUACGGAGAACCAUUGUUGGCUGUUGGAACACAAAAAGGAAAUCUUGCACUUUAUAAUCAUCAUACAACCAAGAGAAUACCAAUAAUAGGUAAACAUACUAAGAAAAUUACAUGUGCCGCAUGGAAUAAGGAUAGUAUUCUGGUAUUGGCAUCAGAAGACAAGAGCUUGUCAAUUAAUAACUCAGAUGGAGACACUUUGAGAAUGAUAUCUCUUAGAGAUGCACCAAAUGAUCUGCAGUUCUCGGAGAUGAAAACUGAUGAGAGAGUUGCUGGGGAGAACACAAUAAGUUUGGUAGUUGGCAAGAGGACUCUGUACUUAUACAAUCUCCUGAACCCAGAGAAUCCAAUAGAACUAGCAUUUCAACAGCGCUAUGGCUCCAUAAUAUCGUACAAAUGGUAUGGAGAUGGCUAUAUCCUUAUAGGAUUUAGUGCAGGAUUCAUUAUUGCCAUAUCCACACAUAUCAAAGAAGUUGGUGAAGAGCUGUUCCAAGUCAAAAAUCAUAAGGAUAACCUGACUGAUGUAGCAGUUUGUAAUGGGAUGGCGGCUUCUUGUGGUGAUGGACAACUAAAACUAAUAGCAAUAUGGAAUAACGGCGAGGUAUCAGGAUCAGUUAUGCCAGCCGGUGGAGCGGAGCGUUGUGCUUGGAGUUCCGACGGACGUCUGCUCGCGACGGCUGGUCGAGCGUAUCUGAAUGUAUACGUGACAGCUUUACCGCCAUUACAUGCGGCCUAUGGCACCAGAGUCAUUACAUUGACUAACCUUACUGAGGCGACCGUGUAUCAAUGUAUUGCUGUUGGUGAUGAACCAGAACCUGUGAAUAAAUCGGAACCGACACCCCUAGCAACAUACACACUACCAACAGAACCAAGCGUGAUUGCCUUGGGUGGGUCCCACGUAUGUUGUGCCAGUGGUACUCUAGCGUGGUUCUACCCACUCACUGGUGGGGCGGCGGCCAGGAGACAGUAUCCAGCACCUAUCGAGAUGAUCACCUUAGCUGGAGAAUAUGCUGCAGCUCUGUUCCAAGGACGCGCCAUGUUGCAUGUUAUCGAUCAAAUAGACCCGUCGCAGCCAGAGAAGGAAGCCAUGUUGUUUCCCGAGCCCCAUAUGCAGGGCGCCAAGAUCGUUGACAUACACCUCACUACUGAUUUCUUCAUAUUCGUCACGGAUCAAGGCCACGUCGAAUACUUCGGUGUGGAGGAAUGGCGUAGUUGUGCCCGGCACCGACACGCGUGUGGGUUGCGCCGCCUGCACUGCGACAUAGGCGGCGCCCGCGCAGCGCUGCUCGACGAGCGACGUCGCCUCGCCGUGUACUGCCCCGCGGCAGACCAUGUCGCCGCUGUUACCAGGAAUGCUGCUACUGAUGUCAGGGGCAUAAUCUGGGACAUUUGCCUCUCAGACCGCAACGUGUUCAUAAUAUACACGGAUGAAGCUAUAGAGACGUAUUACUACGCGGCUAACUCCAUCAACGGUUCUCACGUGGAUUUGGUGGGGACUACGCCACUCAUGGCUGGACAAAUACCGCUUAUUUUGUUCUCUGGAGAUGUUUAUUGCUAUGCUAAUGCUGGAUCGGUAUUAAAAAUGGCGUUAGAUUCUCACAAUACCGGUGGCCUAGCAGACGCGGACACAGAGAAACGUCUAGCCAACCAGCGCCGGCAUAUAGAGAAGUUGUUACUGCUGAGGCGGUUCAGUGAAGCCUGGCUGUUCUGUGAUGCUGUGGACGAAGUGGAACUAUGGAGGAAGAUGGGAGAAGCCGCUAUAGCUGACCUUAAUGUUGAGUUUGCAAUUCGGGUUUACACGAGGCUUAGUGAUGUGGCAAUGGUUUGGGCCUUGGAAGAUGCAUCUCAUAUUGAGGAUUUGUCUAUAUUAUGCGGUAUGCUAUGUGCAUGCGUGGACAAAGGUGACGCAGCGGUGCGUUGGUUGGAGGGGGGCGCGGGCGGUGCGGGGGACGGGGUGGCGGGGGGAGCGGGGCCGGCGCGGGCGCCGUCCACGCGCUGGCGCUGCACUGCGCGCGCGGGGACUGGGCGCGGGCCGCCACGCUCGCGGCGCACGCGGCGCCACACGCCGCGCCUGACAUCACCAGGCAUCGGGCACAUCAUCUUGAAUUGA